AUGCCCAAACGUUCGCAAUCCUCGCAAGGAAUUGGUCACAGGAAGCGUGCGAAGGCGUCGCCGCCACCGGAUCAAGGCGGAUUCUCACUGGGAGAUGUAGUGGCCAACCUCAAGAAGGCUGCUGUUCAGCACGCCCACUUACCGGAGACUGUCAUUUCGAAGCUCUUCGAACAGGACGCGACUAUCUCGUACCUCACGACGGACCACAAAAGUUGGGUUUACCAUGUGCCACGCUGGUAUUGGCACGUGUUCAAGCACGCCACGCCUGAAGAUCUUCGCUUAGCAGACGAAGACACAGAGGAGGCGCUCACCUGGUCGGCGCUGUUUAUGCGAGCAUGGGAGGCACACCCGAAACAGCACGAUACCAUCAUGAUGUUUGGCAAGCCGGCGAAGCUCCCGCGGUUUCAACAGCUUUGUGGCGAAAUGGGGAGCUAUCGCUACUCCGGCAAGACGUUUGAAGCUCAGCAGAAAUUUCCGCCGGGUCUGAGGCACGCUGUGCAUCAAAUGCAGCGAAUAGUGGAGAACCCCACUACGCAGCACCACACACGGCUCACAGGAGGGCUCGUGAACUGGUACGAGAAUGGAGAUCACUACAUCGGACCGCAUGCAGAUGACGAGCGUGACAUGAUGUCGUGCUCUCCAAUUGUGGCGUUGUCAUUAGGAGCAACUCGACGUUUUGUGUUCACUAAAAAGACUUCCAAGACUGCUCCUCAAGGCGAAGAAGCAGUGGCACGGAUGGAGCUGCAGAUAAAAGACGGAGACUUGAUGAUCAUGGGCGGCACCACGCAGAGAACACACAAACAUGCAGUGCCUAAGAUGGCGCGUUGCCGAGAUCCAAGGAUCAGUGUCACCUUGCGCUGCUUUGUUUAA